UCAGAGCCGAGGGAGGUUCUAUUGUGGGGCAGAAGGGCGUGGAACCGUUGACUUAUACCAGCCAUGGCCUAGUGCAUAAAGCUCGCCCUGUGCCGACUCUUCUGGUCGCCGGGGCGGCAACUCCAAUUUUUUUGAGCUCGAGGUCCGCAUCACUAUUUGACUUCAUCCGCACCUUGGCAACCACCUUCCCCCCUCGUCUCCCAGCUCUUCCGACGAUCUGGUAAAGUCUCUUUUGUCCUCUUGUGUUUAGUUCCUUAUAGCCCAUUCAGAUCUUCAGCAUGCAGCGCGCAUUGACAAGUCGGACGGCCGCCUCGGUCCUGUCCCCCUCGGCAGCCUCCAGAUUCCGUUCGAGCGGUGCUCUUACGCAACAGCUGCGCUUUGCCCACAAGGAGCUGAAGUUCGGCGUCGAGGGCCGCGCCGCUCUCCUGGCCGGCGUUGACACCCUCGCCAAAGCAGUUGCUACCACCCUGGGCCCCAAGGGUCGCAACGUCCUGAUCGAGUCCAGCUAUGGCUCGCCCAAGAUCACCAAGGACGGCGUGACUGUUGCCCGAGCCAUUUCCCUGCAGGACAAGUUCGAAAACCUCGGUGCGAAGCUGCUGCAGGACGUCGCUUCCAAGACCAACGAGGUCGCCGGCGACGGUACGACGACCGCCACCGUGCUUGCUCGAGCCAUCUUCUCCGAGACCGUCAAGAACGUUGCUGCUGGCUGCAACCCCAUGGACCUGCGCCGCGGUACCCAGGCCGCUGUCGAGGCUGUUGUUGAGUACCUGCAGAAGAACAAGAGGGACAUCACCACCAGCGAGGAGAUCGCCCAGGUUGCCACAAUCAGCGCCAACGGUGACACACACAUCGGCAAGCUGAUUGCCAACGCCAUGGAGAAGGUUGGCAAGGAGGGUGUCAUCACUGUCAAGGAGGGCAAGACCAUGAGCGACGAGCUCGAGGUUACCGAGGGAAUGCGAUUCGACCGCGGCUUCAUCUCUCCCUACUUCAUCACCGACACCAAAGCCCAGAAGGUUGAGUUUGAGAACCCCCUCAUCCUCCUGUCCGAGAAGAAGAUCUCUGCCGUCCAAGACAUUAUCCCUGCCCUCGAGAUCUCCACCCAGAGCCGCCGACCUCUCGUCAUCAUCGCCGAGGACAUUGAGGGUGAGGCCCUGGCUGUCUGCAUCCUCAACAAGCUUCGGGGCCAGCUCCAGGUGGCUGCCGUCAAGGCCCCCGGCUUCGGCGACAACCGGAAGUCCAUCCUCGGCGACAUUGCCGUGCUCACCAACGGCACCGUCUUCACGGACGAGCUCGACGUGAAGCUCGAGAAGGCCACUGCUGACAUGCUCGGAUCUACCGGCUCCAUCACCAUCACCAAGGAGGACACCAUCAUGCUGAACGGCGAGGGUACCAAGGACGCUAUCUCGCAGCGAUGUGAGCAGAUCCGCGGCGUCGUUUCUGACCCCACCACCUCAGACUACGAGAAGGAGAAGCUCCAGGAGCGUCUUGCCAAGCUUUCUGGCGGUGUUGCCGUCAUCAAGGUCGGUGGCUCGUCCGAGGUCGAGGUCGGCGAGAAGAAGGACCGUUUCGUCGACGCCCUGAACGCCACCCGCGCCGCCGUCGAGGAGGGCAUUCUGCCCGGUGGUGGCACCGCCCUGCUCAAGGCCUCCAGUCAGGCCCUGGGCAACGUCAAGUCGCAGAACUUUGACCAACAGCUCGGCAUCAGCAUUGUUAAAAACGCCAUCACUCGUCCCGCCCGCACGAUUGUCGAGAAUGCUGGCCUCGAGGGCUCCGUUGUGGUCGGCAAGCUGACGGACGAGUACGGCAGCGACUUCCACAAGGGCUUCGACAGUUCCAAGGGCGAAUACGUCGACAUGAUCAAGGCCGGUAUCCUGGACCCCUUCAAGGUCGUCCGGACCGGUCUUAUCGACGCCAGCGGCGUGGCCUCCCUGCUUGGCACAACUGAGGUUGCCAUCGUCGAGGCACCCGAGGAGAAGCCCGCCUCUCCAAUGGGGGGCAUGGGUGGAAUGGGCGGCAUGGGUGGAAUGGGCAUGUAGGAUGUUGAGAAAGGACAAAGUGAAAAGCUUUUUUGGUUUCAAGCGGUCCGGGCUUGUUUGGGCAUUUUUGGGUUCCGGUGUUGCAAGGCGGUCAUUGUGUACCAUCUCCCCUCUAUCUCCUCUCUGUCCAUGCUGAUACCUUGAUACCCUGGGACACAGCUCCUGGGCCUGUACAUUAUACUGCCUCUUGGGCUGCAUCGAGAUAGAGCGACAAGGAGAAAUUCUUACGUUGCACUAA